UCUCCUAACUCGUGGUUGAGUCAUGCAGCUCAAAAGGUCAUCAUCAUCAUCAUCUACUCCAAUCUCCAUGAAACUCAAAACCAUGUUCCUAAACCUCAUCACACACUCUCUUUACAGUCUUUUACGGUCUCUCUCCAGAGCAAAAUCCAUCCUUAUAGAGAUAUCUAAACACAACAAGAAGAGGUUAUUCAUGAUGAUGUUUUACCUAAAAACGUCAUCCAUUCACCAACGCAAGGUCUUCUUCGGGUCCUCCUCCUCCCAUGUUGUCCAUGUAACUAACUCUUUCUCUAUCUCCCUACAUGCUGAUGAAGACGAGGAUGAUCAUGAGUCUGAGUACUUCGAGUGGCUAGAAGACGAGGUUGAUGAGAGUAAUAACAUUAAUGAUGAUCAUAGUGUUGGUGAUGUUGAUAUUGAUCGUUUGGCAGAUAUGUUCAUCGCCAGCUGCCAUGAGAAGUUCUUGCUGGAGAAGGUUGAGUCUUAUAGGAGAUACCAAGAUAUGUUGGAGAGGAGUUUGUGAGAAUUGAGAACUGAGAGAACCAACAAAGAGUGUUUGUUUUGUUCUAUGUUAAUUAAUUCUUGUUUGAUGGAUGUCUUAGUCAAUAAA